UGAGCGAAUUGUCGUCUGAAAUGCGCAGAGAUCGGACUUACUAACACGGAGUAGUCGAGCUGUGGUUCAAGAGAGCGGAGUGACCAUCACCAUGGAACCAUCGUCGGGGAAUCUGAAUCUUGAAUCGCCGCGUAUGUCAACGGCCGGGCUAGCUUUAAAUCGCGCUAAGUAAAUCUGAUUGCAGCCCGACAUCUGGGAUUCCCGCCGACAGACUACGAGGCUUUCGUAACCGAGAGCAUAAGCCGGAUGACCAGGGCGACUGGAUCUGUGGAUCAGCGCGUACUCCGGCAGUGCCUCGGCCUGGCGUCUUCGUACCUCGUCACGGACUCGACGAUGAACCCGUCCGGGGGGCUGACGUCGUGGAACAACGGCAUGAACCGGCUGGUGGACGUGCUGGUAGCGCUGCACAACCGAGGGGAGCUGGAGCUGGACACGAUCAGCGCUGCGAGCAAGGCGUGUUCGGAGUGCUGGACGACGGCGGGGAGCUGGCGGGAGGUCGGGGAGGCGAAGGAGAACGUGCGAGCGAUUGCUGUGCGGCUAAAAGGGAUGCUGGAUGAGAACGGGCGGACUUACCGAGGAGGGCAAGUGUACGUUCCUUAGGCGUCGGUGCCCGUCUUCGGUUUCUGCGAGGUCCCUCCGCAAUUUUUUCUUUCUUUUUUUCUUUCAUUCUUUCUGGACAUGUGGAGGUGGUUGUGAACGAAGUUGUGAUAGGCCGUUUGCGCCUGUGUACUCUAGCCUAAUAUUGAUCUCCGUGCUCUCAGGCACUCGCCCCGCU